UGGCGGGAAGAUCUAUCGCGAGUUAGAGAAUGAUCUGCCGCGAGUUAGAGAAAGAUCUGUCGCGAGUUAGAGAAAGAUCUGCCGCGAGUUAGAGAAAGAUCUGUCACGAGUUAGAGAAAGAUCUGUCACGAGUUAGAAAAAGAUCUGUCGCGAGCCCGUUAGGUUAGGUUAGGAUAGGUUGGACCGUUUAGUUUCGACACCCCGGGUCCCCUCCGGAUGGCCGUAGGGUAGGAGCCCCUCCCCUCCAGCGCCCCCACCCCUCGGCUCCUAUUUCUUUCAGGUGGCCGACCGCUCAGUUUACUGUCAACAGUUAACAGUGUUAUGUCCGGCAAAAUGAAAGAACUUCAACUACCCAUCUCUAGAGUUAAAACUAUAAUGAAAAGCUCACCAGAUGUCGACUCAGUUCCCCAGGAUUCCCUUGCCGUUGUUACGAAAGCUACCGAGCUGUUCAUUCAGAACUUAGCCAGAGAAGCACUCAAGAAUGGGGAUACAUCAAAAGUGGACUAUUCUGAUGUUGCCAAGGUUGUGCAGUCCAAAGGAAACUUAUUUUUCCUAAGAGAAAUCAUCCCUAAAAAAAUAACUGUGAGGGAAUAUAAAGAGAUAAUGAAGAAAGAAGGAAUUACUGACAUUAUAUCAAGUUCUGAAUCAAGUGAUGAUGAAGAAGACGAUGAAGAAGGUGGUGAGGAAGAAGAAGAGGAAAUAGAGGAUGAUGAUAAUGAUAAUGAAGGGGUUGAAGAUGAAGAAGAUGAGGAUGAAGAGGAGGUGGAUGAAGAGGAAGAUGAAGAAGAGGAGGAAGAUGAGGAUGAGGAUGAUGCUCAGCGGUGACACCUAUGAAAUCACUUAAUGUAUAUUCUAAUACUCACCUAAUUUAUUUUUUUCAUAAAUUUAUUCAUUAGCACCUUUGUGAUGGUAUACAUGCCCAGUUGUAAAAAAUAAACUACAAGGAUUAUUAUGAUGUUUAUUUACAAAGAAUAAAAAAAUACAAUGUGCAAGCAUGCU